GGAGGAACCUCUUCCCCGGCCUUUUCCCCAGAACAUUUCCUCUUCGCUUCCGGACUCGCUCGCGUCCACAACGGAACAACCCAACUGACUCUUCAUGAUGGCCGAUCACUUGGACGAACCGCCCCAGAAGCGGGUCAAAAUGGACACAACGGACAUCUCCUAUUUCCUGGAGGAGAAUCUGCCCGACGAGCUGGUGUCCUCGAACAGCGGCUGGUCGGACCAGCUGACCGGCGGAGCAGGCGGCGGCAACGGAGGCGGCGGCGCCUCCGGCGUGACCACAAACUCCACAUCCGGACCGAACCCCGGCGGCGGACCCAACAAACCGGCUGCCCAGGGACCGGGAGGACCUGGCUCCGGACCCGUCGGCGUCAAUGUGGGCGUCGGCGGCGUUGUCGGCGUGGGCGUCGGCGUGGUGCCUUCCCAGAUGAACGGAGCCGGCGGCGGCAACGGAUCCGGAACGGGCGGCGACGACGGCAGCGGCAACGGCUCCGGGGCGGGCAACAGGAUCAGCCAGAUGCAGCACCAGCAGCUGCACCACCUGCUGCAGCAGCAGGGCCAGAAGGGCGCCAUGGUGGUGCCCGGGAUGCAGCAGCUGGGCAGCAAGUCGCCCAACCUCCAGUCGCCCAACCAGGCCGGCAUGCAGCAGGUGGUGGGCACCCAGAUGGGUAUGUCGAUGCCCAUGUCGAUAUCGAAUAAUGGCAACAAUGGCAUGAACGCCAUACCAGGCAUGAACACCAUUGCCCAGGGCAAUCUGGGAAACAUGGUGCUGACCAACAGCGUGGGCGGCGGCAUGGGCGGCAUGGUCAAUCAUCUGAAGCAGCAGCCGGGCGGCGGCGGCGGUGGCAUGAUCAACGCCGUCUCCGUGCCAGGUGGACCCGGCGCGGGACCUGGUGGCGUUGGCGCUGGCGGCGGCGGAGCUGUUACCCCCAACCAGGGCAUGCACAUGCAGAACGGCCCCAUGAUGGGACGGAUGGUGGGGCAACAGCAUAUGCUCCGUGGCCCUCAUCUGAUGGGCGCCGCGGGAGGAGCCGGCGGUCCAGGCAACGGACCUGGAGGCGGAGGACCACGCAUGCAGAAUCCCAAUAUGCAAAUGGGUCAACUCAACAAUCUGCCUUAUGGAGUGGGUCAGUACGGAGGCCCUGGCGGUGGCAACAAUCCCCAGCAGCAACAGCAGCAACUCCUCGCCCAGCAGAUGGCGCAGCGAGGCGGCGUCGUGCCGGGUAUGCCGCAGGGCAAUCGACCCGUUGGCACCGUGGUGCCCAUGUCCACGCUCGGAGGUGAUGGAUCCGUGCCCGCUGGUCAGUUGGUCAGCGGGAACCAACAGCAGCAACAGCAGAUGCUGGCGCAGCAGCAGUCCGGAGCCAUGGGCCCGCGUCCUCCGCAACCCAACCAGCUGCUCGGUCACCCAGGACAGCAGCAACAGCAGCAGCCAGGAACCUCGCAGCAGCAGCAACAGCAGCAGGGAGUCGGACUGGGAGGAGCUGGCGUAGUGGCCAAUGCAGGAGCGGUUGCUGGCGUGCCGGCAGUGGCAGGCGGUGGAGCCGGAGGCGCCGUGCAAGCGAGCGGCCCCGGUGGCGCCAAUCGCGAUGUGCCCGACGACCGGAAGCGACAGAUCCAGCAGCAGCUGAUGCUCCUGCUCCAUGCCCACAAGUGCAACCGCCGGGAGAACCUGAACCCGAACCGGGAGGUGUGCAACGUCAACUACUGCAAGGUGAUGAAGUCCGUGCUGGCCCACAUGGGCACCUGCAAGCAGAGCAAGGACUGCACCAUGCAGCACUGCGCCUCCUCGCGCCAGAUCCUGCUGCACUACAAGACGUGCACGAACAAUAACUGCAUCAUUUGCUAUCCCUUUCGGCAGAACCAUUCGGUUUUCCCACCUGGUGGCGGCCCGACCGGCAUAGCAGCACCAGGAGCCGGCGGAGCGGCUGGUGGAGCAGCCGGAGCAGGCGGUAAUCUUCAGCAGCAGCAGCAACAACAGCAGCAACAGAACCAGCAGCCCAAUCUCACCGGUCUGGUGGUGGACGGCAAGCAAGGACAGCAGGUAGCCCCGGGAGGGGGUCAGAACACUGCCAUAGUGCUUCCCCAACAGCAGGGAGCGGGCGGGGCACCCGGUGCGCCUAAAACGCCGGCCGACAUGGUGCAGCAGUUGACCCAACAGCAGCAGCAACAGCAGGUGCACCAGCAGCAGGUCCAGCAGCAGGAGCUGCGUCGCUUCGACGGCAUGGGCCAGGUCGGACUUUCGCCCGUACCAGCCGGUGGAAUGCAGCAGCAGCAGCAAGGAUUGCCUCCUGUGAUUCGCAUGCAAGGCGGCGCUCAGCCGGCCGUCAGGGUCCUCGGACCCGGUGGUCCCGGCGGUCCAAGUGGACCCAAUGUCCUGCCAAACGACGUGAACAGCCUGCAUCAACAGCAACAGAUGCUCCAACAGCAGCAGCAGGGCCAGAACCGGCGACGCGGUGGCCUGGCCACCAUGGUGGAGCAACAGCAGCAGCAGCAGCAACCCAAUCCCGCCCAGCUGGGUGGCAACAUUCCAGCACCACUCUCUGUCAACGUCGGUGGCUUUGGCAAUGCCAAUUUCGGUGGUGCCGCAGCCGGCGGCGCCGUUGGAGCCAACGACAAGCAGCAGCUGAAGGUGGCCCAAGUGCAUCCGCAGAGCCAUGUGGUCGGCGGAGCGAGCGGAGCAGCAGCGGGCGCUGGAGCGAGCGGUGGCCAGGUGGCAGCCGGCUCCAAUGUCCUGAUGCCGGCCGACACCACGGGCACUGGCAACGCGGGCAAUCCCAACCAGAACGCCGGUAGCGGUGGAGCCGGAGGCGCCGGCGGCGGCGGCAAUGGCAGCAACUCUGGAGCCCCGGGCGACAACGAGAAGGACUGGCGGGAGUCGGUGACCGCCGAUCUGCGCAACCAUCUCGUCCACAAGCUGGUGCAGGCCAUCUUUCCCACCUCGGAUCCCACCACCAUGCAGGACAAGCGGAUGCACAAUCUCGUCUCGUAUGCGGAGAAGGUCGAGAAGGACAUGUAUGAGAUGGCCAAGUCCAGGUCCGAGUACUACCACCUGCUGGCCGAGAAGAUCUAUAAGAUCCAGAAGGAGCUGGAGGAGAAGCGACUGAAGCGCAAGGAGCAGCACCAGCAGAUGUUGAUGCAGCACCAGGGCGUUGCGAAUCCGGCGGCGGGCGGAGCAGGAGGCGCAGCUGGCGGCGCGGGCAGUGCAGCUGGCGGUGCUGGCGGCGUAGUUCUUCCCCAGCAGCAGCAGCAGCAACAGCAGACGGGUCAGCAAGGUCAGCAGCAGCAGCAGCCCCUGCAGGGCUGCAUUCAUCCCAGCAUCAGUCCCAUGGGCGGUGUGAUGCCGCCGCAGCAGUUGCGUCCACAGGGCCCGCCGGGCAUACUGGGUCAGCAGGCGGGUGCAGCUCUGGGCGUUGGCGGCGUGGGUGUCACCAACAACAUGGUGACCAUGCGCAGCCACUCGCCCGGCGGCAACAUGCUCGCCCUGCAGCAGCGCAUGCAGUUCCCGCAGCAACAACAGCAGCAGCCACCGCCCGGCUCUGGAGCCGGCAAAAUGCUGGUCGGUCCACCCGGACCCAGUCCCGGUGGCAUGGUGGUCAAUCCGGCGCUGUCGCCCUACCAGACGACCAAUGUGCUCACCAGUCCGGUGCCGGGACAGCAGCAGCAGUUCAUCAAUGCGAACGGCGGCACAGGCGCCAAUCCUCAGCUGAGCGAGAUGAUGAAGCAACGACACAUCCACCAGCAGCAACAGCAGGCGCAACAGCAACAGGCGCAGCAGCAGGGAAUGCUGCUUCCGCAAUCGCCCUUCAGCAAUACCACGCCCCUGCAGCAGCAGCAACAGGCGACCAGCAACAGCUUCAGCUCGCCAAUGCAGCAGCAGCAGCAGCAACAAGGCCAACAGCAGCAACAACAAAAGCCCGGCAGCGUGCUUAACAACAUGCCGCCCACGCCCACGAGUCUGGAGGCUCUCAACGCGGGGGCUGGCGCGCCCGGAACGGGUGGAUCCGCCUCCAAUGCGACGGUUUCAGCUCCGAGCCCCUCGCCCGGCUUCCUGUCCAACGGCCCCUCGAUCGGCACGCCCUCCAACAACAACAACAGCAGUAGUGCUAACAACAACCCGCCUUCGGUGAGCAGUCUCAUGCAGCAGCCGCUGAGCAAUCGGCCGGGCACGCCUCCCUACAUACCCGCCUCCCCAGUGCCGGCGACCAGUGCCUCCGGCUUGGCGGCGAGCAGUACGCCCGCCUCGGCAGCAGCCACCUGCGCGAGCAGCGGCAGUGGCAGCAACAGCAGCAGCAGUGGAGGAGCCACUGCGGCGGGCGCCAGCUCCACGUCAUCGUCAUCUUCCUCGGCGGGCUCGGGCACACCGCUCAGCUCUGUGUCCACUCCCACCUCGGCCACGAUGGCCACCAGCAGCGGUGGCGGCGGCGGAGGAGGGGCUGCAGGAGGAUCAGCUACCACACCCGCUAGCAACCCGCUGCUCCUCAUGUCCGGAGGAACAGCCGGCGGUGGAGCGGGAGCGACGACGACCACUUCGACGUCGUCGAGCAGUCGCAUGAUGAGCAGCUCCAGCAGUCUCUCCUCCCAAAUGGCCGCCCUGGAGGCUGCGGCGCGGGACAACGACGACGAGACACCCUCGCCAUCGGGCGAGAACACCAACGGUAGUGGUGGUAGUGGGAAUGCCGGCGGCAUGGCCUCCAAGGGCAAGCUGGACUCCAUCAAGCAGGAUGACGACAUCAAGAAGGAGUUCAUGGACGACAGCUGUGGCGGCAACAACGACAGCUCCCAGAUGGACUGCUCGACGGGCGGUGGCAAGGGCAAGAACGUGAACAACGACGGCACCAGCAUGAUCAAAAUGGAGAUCAAGACGGAGGAGGGUCUCGAUGGCGAGGUGAAGAUCAAAACCGAGGCCAUGGAUGUGGACGAGGCUGGCGGCUCGACGACGGGCGAGCAUCAUGGUGAGGGUGGCAGUGGCGUUGGCGGCGGCAAGGACAACAUCAAUGGCGCCCACGAUGGUGGAGCGGCGGGCGGUGCGGUGGAUAUCAAGCCCAAGACGGACACGAAACCGCUCGUACCGGAGCCACUGGCGCCCAAUGCGGGCGACAAGAAGAAGAAAUGCCAAUUCAAUCCCGAAGAGCUGCGCACCGCUCUGCUGCCAACGCUGGAGAAGCUCUACCGGCAGGAGCCCGAGUCGGUGCCCUUUCGCUAUCCCGUCGACCCGCAGGCCCUGGGCAUUCCCGACUACUUUGAGAUCGUGAAGAAGCCCAUGGACCUGGGCACCAUACGCACCAACAUCCAGAACGGCAAGUACAGCGAUCCCUGGGAGUACGUGGACGACGUCUGGCUGAUGUUCGACAACGCCUGGCUGUACAACCGCAAGACCUCGCGGGUCUAUCGCUACUGCACAAAGCUUUCCGAAGUCUUUGAGGCGGAGAUCGAUCCUGUGAUGCAGGCGCUCGGCUAUUGCUGCGGCAGGAAGUACACGUUCAACCCGCAGGUGCUCUGCUGCUACGGCAAGCAGCUGUGCACGAUUCCGCGGGACGCGAAGUACUACAGCUACCAGAACAGUCUAAAGGAAUACGGUGUCGCCUCAAAUAGAUACACCUACUGCCAAAAGUGCUUUAACGACAUCCAGGGCGAUACGGUCACACUGGGCGACGAUCCUCUGCAAUCGCAAACCCAAAUCAAGAAGGACCAGUUCAAGGAGAUGAAGAACGACCACCUGGAGCUGGAGCCGUUCGUCGACUGCCAGGAGUGCGGGCGCAAGCAGCACCAGAUCUGCGUGCUCUGGCUGGACUCGAUCUGGCCCGGCGGCUUCGUGUGCGACAACUGCCUGAAGAAGAAGAACUCGAAGCGGAAGGAGAACAAGUUCAACGCGAAGCGCCUGCCCACCACCAAGCUGGGCGUGUACAUAGAGACGCGGGUGAACAACUUCCUCAAGAAGAAGGAGGCGGGCGCCGGCGAGGUGCACAUCCGGGUGGUCAGCUCGUCGGACAAGUGCGUGGAGGUGAAGCCCGGCAUGCGGCGGCGGUUCGUGGAGCAGGGCGAGAUGAUGAACGAGUUCCCGUACCGGGCCAAGGCCCUGUUCGCCUUCGAGGAGGUCGACGGCAUCGACGUCUGCUUCUUCGGCAUGCACGUCCAGGAGUACGGCUCGGAGUGCCCGGCGCCGAAUACGCGGCGAGUGUACAUCGCCUACCUGGAUUCCGUUCACUUCUUCCGGCCACGACAGUACCGAACGGCGGUCUACCACGAGAUCCUGCUCGGCUACAUGGACUACGUGAAGCAGCUGGGCUACACCAUGGCCCACAUCUGGGCCUGCCCGCCCUCCGAGGGCGACGACUACAUCUUCCACUGCCAUCCCACGGACCAGAAGAUCCCCAAGCCCAAGCGCCUGCAGGAGUGGUACAAGAAGAUGCUCGACAAGGGCAUGAUCGAGCGCAUCAUCCAGGACUACAAGGACAUCCUGAAGCAGGCGAUGGAGGACAAGCUGGGCUCGGCCGCCGAGCUGCCCUACUUCGAGGGCGACUUCUGGCCCAACGUGCUGGAGGAGAGCAUCAAGGAGCUGGACCAGGAGGAGGAGGAGAAGCGCAAGCAGGCCGAGGCCGCCGAGGCAGCGGCUGCAGCGAAUCUUUUCUCAAUCGAGGAGAACGAGGUCAGCGGCGAUGGCAAGAAGAAGGGCCAGAAGAAGGCCAAGAAGUCGAACAAAUCGAAGGCGGCGCAGCGCAAGAACAGCAAAAAGUCCAACGAGCACCAGUCGGGCAACGAUCUCUCCGCCAAAAUCUACGCGACCAUGGAGAAGCACAAGGAGGUCUUCUUUGUGAUCCGUCUGCACUCCGCCCAGUCGGCAGCGAGCCUAGCGCCCAUCCAGGACCCCGAUCCGCUGCUCACCUGCGACCUGAUGGACGGACGCGACGCCUUCCUGACCCUCGCCCGCGACAAGCACUUUGAGUUCUCGUCGCUGCGGCGCGCCCAGUUCUCCACGCUGUCCAUGCUCUACGAGCUGCAUAACCAGGGCCAGGACAAGUUCGUCUACACCUGCAACAACUGCAAGACGGCGGUGGAGACGCGCUUCCACUGCACCGUCUGUGAUGACUUCGAUCUGUGCAUCGUGUGCAAGGAGAAGGUCGGUCACCCGCACAAGAUGGAGAAGCUCGGCUUCGACAUCGACGACGGCUCGGCGCCGGCGGACCACAAGCAGGCCAAUCCGCAGGAGGCCCGCAAGCAGUCCAUCCAGCGGUGCAUCCAGUCCCUGGUGCACGCCUGCCAGUGUCGCGACGCCAACUGCCGCCUGCCCUCGUGCCAGAAGAUGAAGCGCGUCGUCCAGCACACCAAGAACUGCAAGCGCAAGACCAACGGCGGCUGCCCCAUUUGCAAGCAGCUCAUCGCGCUCUGCUGCUACCAUGCCAAGCACUGUCAGGAGCAGAAGUGCCCCGUGCCCUUCUGCCCCAACAUCAAGCACAAGCUCAAGCAGCAGCAGCUCCAGCAGAAACUCCAACAGCAACAGCUGCUGCGUCGCCGCGUGGCGCUCAUGUCGCGGACAGCAGCUCCAGCUGCCCUGCCCGGUCCCGCUGCCGUCAGCGGUCCGGCCGUGGUCGCUGGUGGAGUGCCCGUGGUGGGGAUGUCCGGCGUGGCGGUUAGCCAGCAGGUGAUACCCGGCCAGGCGGGCAUCUUGCCGCCGGGAGCGGGUGGCAUGUCGCCGUCCACGGUGGCAGUGCCGUCGCCCGUUUCGGGCGCUGGCGGAGCCGGUGGCAUGGGUGGCAUGACCUCGCCACAUCCGCAUCAGCCGGGCAUUGGGAUGAAGCCAGGCGGCGGUCACUCGCCGUCGCCGAAUGUGCUGCAGGUGGUGAAGCAAGUCCAGGAGGAGGCGGCCCGCCAGCAGGUCUCGCAUGGCGGUAACUUCGGCAAAGGAGUGCCCAUGGCGCCGCCCCAGAUGAAUCGACCGAUGGGCGGCGCCGGACCCAAUCCCAACGUGGUCAACCAGCUGGGCGCCAUGGGCGUCGGCGUUGGAGGAGUUGGUGGCGUCGGUGUCGGCGGCGUGGGUGUUGGCCAACUGGGCGCCGGCGGCGGUGGCAACCCACCCGGAGGCCCCGGAGUGCCCGGCUCUGGCAACUGCGGCAUGAACGUGAACCACCUGCUGUCCAUGGACCAGUGGGGCGGUGGCGGUGCCGGCGGCGGAGGAGCCAAUCCGGGCGGCGGUAAUCCCCAGGCACGCUAUGCCAACAACGCGAGCGGCAUGCGCCAGCCCUCGCAGCUGAUGCAGACGAACCUGAUACCGCCGCAGCAGCAGCAACAGAUGAUGGGGGGCCUGGGCGGACCGAACCAGCUUGGCGGUGGCCAGAUGGCCGUCGGCGGCCAGCACGGCGGCAUGGGCAUGGGCAUGGGCGCACCGCCAAUGGCCGGAACUGUGGGCGGCGUGCGUCCACCGCCCGGAGCCGGUGGCGGCGGCGGAAGUGCCACGGGAGGCGGCCUGAAUACCCAGCAGCUCGCCCAGAUCAUGCAGAAGAUCAAGAACAAUCCCACCAACGAGAGCAACCAGCACAUUCUCACCAUCCUGAAGCAGAAUCCCCAGAUCAUGGCGGCGAUCAUCAAGCAGCGCCAGCAGAGCCACCAGUCGCAGAUCAACGCGGCGGCGGGCGGAGGAGCCCCCGGCCCCGGCGGCGGAGCUCUGCAGCAGCAGCAGGCCGGCAACGGGCCGCAGAACCCCCAGCAGCAGCAACAACAGCAGCAACAGCAGCAGCAGCAACAGGUGAUGCAGCAGCAGCAGAUGCAGCACAUGAUGAACCAGCAGCAGGGCGGCGGCGGUCCACAGCAGAUGAAUCCCAACCAGCAGCAGCAGGUCAAUCUCAUGCAGCAGCAGGGCGGACCGGGCGGACCCGGCACUGGACAACCGCACCGCAUGCCCAACAUGCAGAACGCAGCCAUGAUGCUGCAGAACCUGCCGCCCAACAUGUCGCCCGGCGUCUCCACCCAGGGAGGAAUGGUGCCCAACCAGAACUGGAACAAGAUGCGCUACAUGCAGAUGAACCAGUACCCGCCCCCGUAUCCGCAGCGCCAGCGAGGCCCGCACAUGGGCGGCGCGGGACCCGGUCCCGGCCAGCAGCAGUUCCCCGGCGGCGGCGGCGGCGGCGGAGCGGGCAACUUCAAUGCGGGCGGAGCUGGCGGCGCCGGCGGCGUCGUGGGAGUGGGCGGAGUGCCUGGCGGAGCAGGUGCCGUGCCCGGCGGCGACCAGUACUCGAUGGCCAAUGCGGCGGCGGCAUCCAACAUGCUGCAGCAGCAGCAGGGCCAGGUGGGCGUCGGAGUGGGCGUCGGCGUGAAGCCAGGACCCGGACAACAGCAACAGCAGAUGGGCGUGGGCAUGCCGCCGGGAAUGCAGCAGCAGCAACAGCAACAGCAGCAGCAACAGCCGCUGCAGCAGCAGCAGAUGAUGCAAGUGGCCAUGCCGAACGCGAACUCGCAGAAUCCGUCGGCGGUGGUCGGAGGACCCAAUGCCCAGGUGAUGGGCCCGCCGACACCGCACUCGCUGCAGCAGCAGUUGAUGCAGUCGGCCCGCUCCUCGCCGCCCAUACGCUCGCCGCAGCCAACGCCGUCGCCGCGCUCGGCGCCCUCGCCACGAGCCGCUCCAUCCGCCUCGCCACGGGCCCAGCCCUCGCCGCACCACGUGAUGAGCCACUCGCCGGCGCCGCAGGGACCGCCGCACGACGGCAUGCACAACCACGGCAUGCACCAUCAGUCGCCGCUGCCCGGAGUGCCCCAGGAUGUGGGCGUGGGCGUCGGCGUGGGAGUCAACGUCGGUGUGGGCAACGUCGGAGUGGGCCAAGCCGGUGGCGCCCUGCCCGACGCCUCCGACCAGCUGACCAAGUUCGUGGAGCGGCUCUAGUGCAGCAGCAGCAGCAGCGCCAGCGCCAGCGGCAGCAGCUACAACGGGUGGUAGCCGUGGUUGCCCAGGGGCUAGACUGAUCGAACGACCAACCAGACGAGGACGACGACGACGAGGAUCAUCGCGACGAGCUCAUCGUCAGCAGCAGCCAGCAGGGAUCACCAGUGUGUGUUAAACCUUAAACUUUAAACGACCUAUUGCGUACUAUAUUAUAUAACUAUUUUUUUUAUCAAAGCACCCCCUAAUUGUAUAGCGUUAUCAUGAUUAUAAACCAAGCAACUAUCACACCUAAUUUGUACCGUAGCCUAAGAAUCCAACUCCCCCGCAACCCCCAUUCAUCCGAGCGAUCCCACACCCUUAGCUUAAGUCUAGGACAAAAUUUGAACAAACACUUAUGAUUCGAUUUCCAAUUAAGCCCGCGCGAUUAAGUAAAUAUAUAAAUCAUAUAUUUCAUAUGCCCUAAUAACACA